GAAAGCUCCGAGCAGACGGUGUCGGCCCCUUUAUUCUCUCGCGAGGAAGGACGCCAUUAUCGCCCACAAAACAACACGAGAACUCGCCCCCAAACGGUAGAGUAACGGGAAUCCCGUAUCGAGGAUAUCGCUCUUAGCUCUAUAACUGGACGCCGACAAGUAUCUGUCAAUGAUGUCGGAGCAGGACCUGGCCGAAGUGGUUCAAAUAACCGUGGAGGAUUUACAUUCGGAUCAUCACCCAGUUGUACUGGAGAAUGAUGUCAUGACUGAGGAUGACAUACCUCCCUCGCUGAAACGACAACGCAUCGAAGUCAACUGCCAGGACCCGUCCAUUAAGUCUUUCCUGCUUUCGAUCAACCAGACCAUCUGCCUGCGACUGGACAACAUAGAGUCCAAACUCCAGGUGUUAGAAGCGACGUGCAAGUCGCUGGAAGAGAAACUUGACCUGAUUAUGAACAAGCAGCAUAACCCGAUCCAAGUGCCAAUGGUGGCCGGGUCACCCCUCGGAGCCACGCAGACCUGGAAUAAAGUGCGAUGUGUUGUACCCCAGACUACUGUAAUCCUGAACAAUGAAAGACAAGGAUCAAACAAAAUAGAAGGACAGGAAGAGGCAAUGACCAGGACCGCCGAGAGCUUCGAAAACAUGCUGAAUAGUGCCGUUCCUGUACGGAGGCAUAAUACCAUCGUGGUGAAAGUUCCCGGCCCAGAGGAUAGCCACAACGAUGACGACAGCGGUUCCGAGGCUAGCGACACGCUCUCAAACUGCGGCCAGUCGGGAAACGCAGCCAUGGGAAACAAUGUCACCCUGAUCACGUUAAACUGCGAAGAGGAUUACCCAAACGGCACCUGGCUGGGCGAUGAGAAUAACGCAGAGAUGCGGGUACGGUGUCCCAUCUCAUCAGCGGACAUGCUGCACAUAAGCACCAACUGCCGCACGGCGGAGAAGAUGGCCCUUACGCUGCUCGACUAUCUCUUCCACCGGGAGAUCCAGGCCAUUUCCAACCUGUCCGGCCAGGGCAAACACGGGAAAAAGCAGCUCGACCCGUUGAUGAUCUACGGGAUCAGAUGUCACCUUUUCCACAAGUUUAGAAUCACAGAGUCUGAUUGGUAUAGAAUAAAGCAAAGUAUUGACUCAAAAUGUCGAACUGCCUGGCGGAGAAAGCAGCGCGGACAGAGUUUGGCGGUGAAAAGCUUUUCCCGGAGAACACCAUCUUCAUCAUCAUUCAGUGCAUCAGAUGGCGUACAGAAUACGGUGUCCUCAUCCAGCGACCUGCAGCAGACAUCGCCUCAAGCUUUACAUUACGCGCUGGCCAAUGCACAGCAAGUGCAGAUCCACCAAAUCGGCGAGGACGGACAGGUCCAGGUGGGACAUCUUCACAUUGCGCAAGUGCCUCAAGGAGAACAGGUUCAGAUAACGCAGGACAGCGAGGGUAAUCUGCAGAUACAUCAAGUCCACGUGGGUCAAGACGGACAGGUGCUGCAAGGAGCCCAGCUCAUAGCGGUGGCCUCGGCUGAUCCCACGACAGGAGUGGUCGACGGGUCGCCGCUCCAAGCCAGCGACAUACAGGUCCAGUACGUCCAGCUCGCUCCAGUGACAGAGCCUUCGGCCGCUGCCCAGGCAGUAGAGCCUCUGCAGUCUGCCCUUCAGCCCGAGAUGCACAUUGAACACGAAGCUAUCCAGAUUCAGUAGCGAAACAUCCCUGCGCACGCGCUGAGGAGGACCUGCGGUACCGGCAAAGGCUAGGAAGAAGAGAAGAGUUUGCAUUUACUAAACCUCCAUGCUUCUAUUAACAGAACUAAAGUAUUUCAACUUAGAAAACAUGAACUAGCGAUAAAAAAACCUUUUCAAAGUGAUAUCCAUGAAAAAGAAACAAACUGGGGAAACCUUUAAGGUUCUGUCUCGGAACCUUACGACAGAAAUCAUUAGCGGAGACCUGUUUGUUUUCUAUAACUUGCUAUUUUUUUACCCACCGGACUGUUUGUAUCUAACAAAGAAUAACGAAUAUGUUUGUUUUCUCUUUAACUGGAAAACAUCCCUUAAAAAAGAAA